AUGUCACCAACUAGAUCAUUUUAUUCAGAAAAUUAUGAAGAGAUAACUCCAAAACCAGGUACAAUUAUCCCUAUAUCAAAAAAAUUAGCCCGUGAAGAAUCAUCACAUGGAGAAUAUGAAGAAAUAGAUGGAAUGAUAAUAAGAUCAACUCCAAAUUUAGAAAAAUUUAGUAAUUCCCUUCGUAAUUCAUUUAUAAAUAAAUUUCAAAUUGCUGAAUAUGAACUCAAGAAUUUAAAACAUGCUUUUAAUAAUGAAAUUAGAAAUGCUGAAUAUAAUUACAAUAAAAUUGUUGUUGAACGUUUAUUACCUAAUUUAAUUUAUAUUUUAACUUUUACACUUACGGGAUCAAUAUUAGUACGUAAUAGAAACAUAGGGUUAAGAUUUUUUACACCAAUUAUAUUUGGUGGAAUUGCAACUUCUUAUUAUAUGCCAAAAACUUUUCAAAAUUUAAAUUAUGAAGUAUCUAAUUUGGAAAAGCAAUAUAUACCUGAGUUACAUAAAUCUAGAAUUGAUUUAAAUAAAGAUUUACAAAAAUGGGAUUCUGAAUUUCAAAAACUGAGAGUUAAAUUUAAUGAUGAUGUUAUUCGUAAUGUUCAUUAUUGGAGGAAAGAAAUUGAAAAAAAAUUUGAAUAA